AAUACAUUAGAAACACCUACUUCAGAAUCAGUUGUAAUCGUUCGUAACCUCAUAACUAUAUAUUUUUAAAGUAUUACCCAAAUGUUAUUGUUAGUGGUUGUUUAUUUCAUAAAGGUCAAAGUCUAUUCAUAAAUUUGUUGAUCUGGGUUUAAAAAGUAAAUUAACAUGUAAAUUCUCCACAUCCAAACUUUUACACUGCUAUUGCUUUACUACAAAAGAAACAAUCAUUGGCAUCAACUGCAAGAGUAGGAGAUGAUAUGGGAGCUCUUUUGCAGAUUUUGCGUAUAAUAUCAUUAAANGUUGUUUUGAGAGAGAGAGUGUGUAAAUACGCACAAGAAUAUGAAGGUUAGGACAGUUGUCGGCAAGAUGUUUUAAUGUAUCAUCGGUUAUCUAAAAUAGGCGUAUGAAUACAACUUUAAUUCUUAUGUGGGGUUUACAGUGUCUUAUUCGUACUAGGCCAGAUUAUCCAGAAAUUCAAGGAUUUCUUGAUUAUUAUCAUAAUACACAACUUGAUGCAACUUUAUGUGCACAACUAUCAGAUGCUGGAUUUUUAGUUUUGGCUCAAACAUUAUCCCGCUGCGAGCAGAUAACAGAUGAAGGUGUAAGAUAUCUUGGUUCGAGUACAUUUGCAGUUGAAAAUUUACGUGUAUUAGAAUUGGAUAAUUGUCCGUCAAUAACUGAUAGUUCAAUCGAUCAUUUAUUAACAUGUCGAAGUCUAAAACGAUUAGAUGUAUUCGAUUGUCAGCAAAUAACAAAAAAUGCAGUCAAAAAAAUUCAAACACGUUAUCCAGAAUUGAACAUUCAUGCAUAUUUUACUCCACGAACUCCAACACCAACCGGUCGUGGACGACACCAACAAUCACACAUAUCUAUUAUAAAGAAAAAUUAA